AUGUCUACCUUUGGCUACAGAAGAGAGCUCAGUAAAUAUGAAGACAUUGAUGAAGACGAGCUCCUCGCUUCUCUUACUGAAGAGGAGCUGAAAGAGCUGGAGCGGGAGCUGGAGGACAUAGAGCCCGACCGUAACCUUCCAGUCGGACAACGACAGAAGAGCCUGACGGAGAAAACACCAACGGGGACUUUCAGCAGGGAAGCGCUGAUGGCCUAUUGGGAGAGGGAGACCAGGAAACUCUUAGAAAAAGAGAGAUUGGGUGCGUGUGACAAGGACUCUGAGCAAGAAGAAGACAAUUCAGAAGAUAUUCAGGAAGAAUAUUUCACAGAAAGCAAUAGUGAAGUGUCUGAGGAGGCAUAUACUGAAGAAGAUGAAGAGGAAGAAGAAGAGGAGGAGGAAGAUGAAGACGACAGUGAUGAUGACGAUGAGGAUGAGGAAAAGCAAAAUGCUGCAGCUGGUGAGCGACCUGAGGAUGGCAGGAGUUCUGACCACAUCAGACGCAAAAAGUGUAAUGGCGCAAAGGACAAUGAAAACUUACUCAAUGGCCAUGAGGGAAAAGACACUGAUAAUCUAAGCUUAAAAAGCAGUGCCAUCCACCCUUGUGGAAAUCCAACAGUUAUUGAGGAUGCUUUGGAAAAAGUUAGGAACAAUGAUCCUGACACCACAGAGGUCAAUCUGAACAACAUUGAAAACAUCACUUCACAGAUGCUUAUACAAUUUUCUCAAGCCCUGAGGGACAACACAAUGGUUAAGUCAUUCAGCUUGGCUAAUACGCAUGCUGAUGACAACGUUGCAAUAGCUAUUGCUGGUAUGUUAAAGGUAAAUCAGCAUAUAACUAGUCUGAAUAUUGAGUCAAAUUUUAUCACAGGCAAAGGAGUGCUGGCCAUCAUGAGAGCUUUGCAGAACAACAAGGUUCUAACAGAACUGCGGUUCCACAAUCAAAGGCACAUCAUGGGCAGCCAGGUGGAAAUGGACAUAGUUAAACUGUUGAAGGAGAACACCACUCUGGUCAAGCUUGGAUACCACUUUGACCUUGCUGGCCCAAGAAUGAGCAUGACAAGUAUCCUGACAAGAAAUAUGGAUAAACAAAGGCAAAAGCGUAUGCAGGAGCAGCGGCAGCAAGAGUCUGGUUGUGAUGGAGCCAUCAAUCCAAAGAACAAAGUCUUGCAGAAGGGGACACCUCGAUCCUCCCCUUAUGUGUCACCUAAGAGCUCACCUUGGUCCUCACCAAAGCUCCCUAAGAAAGCACCUCCAGUGAAAAGUCAGCCGCCAGCUCCUGCACCCCCACCUCCUCCUCCACCCCCACCACCUCCUCCUCCUCCUCCCCCAGUUAUUCCAGAGAAGAAGGCACCAACCAGGAAUAUAGCUGAAGUCAUCAAACAGCAAGAAAGCUCAAAAAAAGCAUUACAGAAUGGACAGAAAAAGAAAAAAGGCAAAAAAAGCAAAAAACAUGAGAACAGCAUCUUGAAAGAAAUUAAAGAUUCUCUAAAAUCAGUCUCAGACAGAAAAUCAGAGGAAGGUUCACGACCCUCCACCCGUCCCUCCACCCCACAAAGGUCUCUCCAUGACAACCUUAUGGAAGCAAUUCGGGCAAGCAGCAUAAAGCAAUUAAGGCGGGUGGAGGUACCAGAAGCCCUUCGGUGAAAGCCUGGACAACAGAAGAAGCAGAGAGCUGCAGUGGUCAAGAAAAGGCUACUCAUCCAUUCACUGGUGGUAAAAUAGACUGUGUAGCAAGCUGCCUCCAAAGUACACUCUUAGAUUCAAACCAUUUCUCUUUUAUUUCAAAGAAAUAAACCCGCUAAAUGCGACACAAUGCUUUAAGGAUACAUUUGCCUUGUAAUCUGUAAAUAUGGAAAUAAUUUUCUUUUUUAUUUAAUGAGAUUUCUAUUCAGAAAUUGCUGCUUAUUUAGAUAUUCUUUUCAAUAUCUGAUUGCACAUCACUGGACAAGUUCUUCACAUUGAGAUGUAAUAGUUUACCAGCCUGUGGUUUCUUCUUUUUUUUUUUUUCCAUGAAUUUACAAUAAAUGUGGUUUGAAGCUUUCAAGCAGA